UCCGUGGCUCUGGAUUUCCAUCUCCAUGGGGCCCAAGGCCCACACGUGAGCAGGAAGUCGUGGCCAUGGCUGAAGGAAACGAGCUGAUGAGCAGGCUCAUGAGUGAGAACGCCGACCUGAAGAAGCAGGUACGGCUCCUCAAGGAGAACCAGAUGCUGAAGCGCCUGCUCAGUGAGAGCUGCCAGGAGAGCUGUGGCCGUGGCAGCCGGGACAUUCUCUUCCCCAAGGCGCCUGCCUACCCCGAGGACUGCUCCCCUGGGACUGCAGUGCCAGAUAUUGGAAGGUUCACCAGCGUUCCAGAUGUGCCCUCCCAGCUGCAGACACCCUCCCUAGAGGACCUGCUCUGCUCGCACGUCCCGCUCUCCAAUGAGGAUGAUGCUUCCCCAGGCUGUGCCACGACCUCCCAGGUGCCCUUCAAGACUUUCCUCAGCACCCCGGAGCUGCACACAACUCGAAGCGCGGACAGGAAGCUCUGCCCACUCCUGAACCCGCUGCAGGACCCCCUGGUGGACAAGACCCUGCUGGAGCCCAGGGAGAUGGUGCGGCCCAAGAAGGUGUGCUUCUCGGAGAGCAGCCUGCCCUCAGGGGACAGGACCAGGAGGAGCUACUACCUUAAUGAGAUUCAGAGCUUCACCAGUGCCGAGAAGGACGGGCGCAUCGUUGGGGAGAUUGCCUUCCAGCUGGACCGGCGCAUCCUGGCCUACGUCUUCCCGGGGGUGACUCGGCUGUACGGCUUCACCGUGUCCAACAUCCCUGAGAAGAUCAAGCAGACGUCCAUCAAGUCCCUGGAUGGCUCUGUGGACGAGAAGAAGAUGCGGGAGCUGACACACCGCUACCUGACCCUGAUGGCACGCCUGGAGAAGCUGGGCUACAACCGCGACGUGCACCCCGUGUUCAGCGAGUUCCUCAUCAACACCUACGGCAUCCUGAAGCAGCGGCCCGACCUGCGCGCGAACCCGCUGCACAGCAGCCCGGCCGCCCUGCGCAAGCUGGUCAUCGACAUCGUGCCCCCCAAGUUCCUGGGCGACUCGCUGCUGCUGCUCAACUGCCUGUGCGAGCUCUCCAAGGAGGACAGCAAGCCACUCUUCGCCUGGUGAGCCCGCGCCCCGGCACCUGCCACGCCUUUCCUGCAAUAAACGUGUUUGUUCCAAACCCGGGGGCAGCCGUGCCUCCUGCGCGUCCCCUCCAGACGGGGGAAGGGCCAUGUCCGCCAAGGGAGUCCCGAGGGCCACAGGCAGGAGCGCUGGCCAGAGCAGGCGCCC